GGGUCUCCGCCUCGUCGUGGGCGAGUCCAACCUGCAGGAGGCCGAGGGCACGGAGCAGCCCCGCCUGGUGGCCAAGGCCAUCCCGCACCCGACCUUUGACCCCCGCACCCUGGACAAUGACCUCCUGCUCCUCAAGCUGCAGCGCCCCGUGGGGCUGAGCCGCGCCGUGCGCCCCCUGCCGCUGCCCCGCGCCUGCGCCCCCCCCGGCACCACCUGCCUGGUGUCGGGCUGGGGGACGGUCACCUCGCCGCAGGUGACCCUGCCCCGCCACCUCAUCUGCGCCUACGUGCACAUCCUCCCCGACGCCGCCUGCCGCCGGGCCUACCCGCAGCGCGUCACUCCCAACAUGCUUUGCGCCGGGGUGCGCAACCAGCGCAUCGACUCAUGCCAGGGUGAUUCUGGGGGGCCCCUGUCCUGCAAUGGGACCCUCCAGGGCAUCGUGUCCUGGGGGCUGCAGACCUGCGCCCUACCGGGGCGCCCCGGGGUCUACACCCGGGUGUGCAACUACGUGCGGUGGAUCGAGGACACCAUGAACCGCAACUAGGACACGGCGAGGACAUGCUAAG